AUUUCUUAGAAAUAUUGAGCUAGAGCUGCCGCCGUCGCUUCUUUUCAGAUGAUGCUCUAUAGGAAAAAAUUUCUCUAACGGCGUUAUCUGCACUUUAAAUUUGACCAUUAACGUGAUUUAUCCCACACGUCUCACUCUCCAGCAUUUAAUCGAACUCAUCAUCUACCACUUUGAAACCGAAAAGAAUAGUCUCUGCAAAUAACCAAUAAUGGCGAAUUCCCCUGUUGAGGUUCUAGGAGGCUAGGAAUGUCAAGAAGGGCGGUGAACUAAUGGGAUUGACAUGCUGCUCCUUGACGACGGGCAGUAAUCAUGGCUGCCUCAUGUUAACCCUUUUUUGGCAACUUUUCAUUGAGCAACAACAAUUUUCGACUCUCUGAAGCCGAUGUCUCCAUUAGAUUCAACGAUGGUACUUCGUUCUCAGAACUGAAAGAGGUUAUAUAAUUAUGUUAAGAUCGAAGAUGAGCGACAUAUUUAAAAGGGUUCGAGCAUCAGUACUGCGAGCUCUCCACCAGUCUCUCCAGGAAAUUUCAUUAUGCGUCGCUUCUCUCCCACAGAGAAGAGAAGAAGGAUAAGCUUGCUGAGAUUAAGUCUGGCUUGGAAGAAGAUGAUGCUUGAGGCAAUAAGUUUGCAGCAGAGUGCUAAUCUUGUGUGUCUUUCUAAACUAAGAGAGUAUAAAUCUGAUCUGAACCAAUUGAAGAAAGAUUUCAAACGAGUGUCUUCGCCAGAUGCUAACCAAUCUACACGUGAAGAUCUGAUGGAACCCGGAAUGGCGGAUGUGCAUGCGGUAUCAGGUGAUCACGGUGAGAGAUUUGCAAUGUCAAUGGAGAUGCUUGACCAAUCAAGCAACAUAAUCAGGGAGAGUAGAAGAUUAAUGCUGGAGACAGAGGUUGGCAUCUCAGUUGUUGAAAAUCUGAGCCAGCAACGCCCAAACCCUCCUUCACGCUCACACUAAGAUGUUCACAAAAUUAUUCUCAGUCGACCGCAUUUCAUGUUUUCACUUUUCACAAUCGACCCUUCUGCAAGGGUCUAUCAACAUGCAUCGGCUUAACACUAUCAAACACUUUCUGAAAGAAGGGGCCACUUAUAAGAUCAGUUGCUUUGAGGUUGCAAGAAGCAACACCCACUUCAAGCUGGCAGAUUCAAGUGUCCUUAUUCGCCUCUUCACCAUUUAAUGCCUUUUACAUUCAAGCUUUCACUGUUGAUUUUCUAUCAUAAGUCCAAAUUCUCUAUUAUUAAACAAGUACACUGAAAACCAUUAACUAUAUGAAUGUGCUACAACAAAAUUAAUUAGCUCUUUGCGUCUAUAUUGGCAACAUC